AUGUUGAUUCUUCAAACACGUAGUUCCAGAGAGUUCGCAUUAGCAUCGACGGUAAACCCCAAAGGUAGUCCAAGUAGUAGUGCUAAAGGUUUCGUUAGUUCCAGAUCAAGUAACAAUUGGGUGUUUUGGUAUUAUAAUGGCUCAGGAUACAACC